AUGGACGAGUUACUUAUGAUGAAAAUAAUUUUCUUAUUCAUUAUUUGUUUUGGAGGUCUGAUAUUCGGAAUUUUGCCGAUCUACUCUCGAUUUUUUCACAAGGGAUUAAAAUGAGCUUAUUUAGGGUCCUGCUUUUCAGGAGGAAUUUUUUUAUCAGUUGCAAUUGCAGAUCUUCUACCAGAAGCAACUAAAAAAUCUGAAGAAGCCAUAGGCUCCCGCUUUCCUUUAGCCAGCGUGCUCGUUCUUACAGGCUAUUCUUUGAUCCUUUUUAUAGAGAAAUUGGCUUUUAGCUCUGAGCAUCACCAUCGCCAUCACCAUCAUAGCACUGUUCAUAUGAAAAAAGAAACGACGAUAUCUAUGGCAAUCCCACAGAAAAAGUUAGAGAUAAACUCAAUUUCUAUCACUCUUGAAGAUAUCAAGGAUAAUUUGAUUGAUGAUGAGCCAGAAAGUCCUGAUAUCGUAGAAUCAUCUAAUUCGAUUUCUGGGAUUAUUUUGGCUAUUGCAUUAUCUAUACACAAUUUAUUAGAAGGAAUUGCUGUAGGCUUACAAAGUGAUGAAGCAGGAUUCAUUAAUAUAGUGACAGCUGUUAUGUUUCAUCACUUCUUUGCUGCUUUUGCACUUGGAAUAAAUAUAAAAGAUCUAGAUAAAAAAGAAAGUUUGCCAUUGCUAUCUAUUUUUGUACUAUCUGAGCCUAUAGGUGUAGCUAUUGGAAUAGGAAUGUCAAGUGCUGAUGUUCCUAUUCUAAGCGCUAUAUUUUUGAGCCUGUGCACAGGGACAUUUCUGUAUAUAUCAUGCUCAGAAAUUAUAGUCGAAGAAUUUUCUCAUUCAGUUUAUAAAUACCAAAAAUAUUUUUCUUACCUCCUUGGAGUAGUUUUAUUUGUAUCUUUGAUCACAAUUUUUCACGAGUAA